AUGGCUCUCCAGGACGUUGUCAGCACGAGGGACCCUUCACAAGCGCCUCCCUGGGUUCAGCUGUCGCCCGGUGGGCCCGAGUUCCCCCGUCCCUUCCUGCUGUCCCAUGGCACCACCACGCUAGCCUUCCGCUGCAGCCACGGGGUGGUGGUGGCAGCAGACACACGCUCUUCCUGCGCGGGUCUGGUGUCCGAUCCGGCGUCCCGCAAAGUCAUCACGCUACACCAACAUCUUCUGGCAACCACAUCGGGGACGUCGGCCGACUGUGCUACCUGGCUGCGGCUCCUACGUUCUGCGCUCCGCCUGAGGCACCUUUCGGAAGGGCGGCAACUCAGCGUGGCUGGGGCAGCCAAGCUGCUCGCUCUCAUGCUGCGGGGAUGCGCCCACAAGGAUCUCUGCGUGGCCACUUUGCUCUGCGGUUGGGAUCACCACGGACCCGGCUUACACUAUGUCUACAGCGACGGGACCCGUUUCUCCGGGGACGUGUUGGCUGUGGGGUCCGGAUCGACUUACGCCUACAGUGUGCUGGAUGGCACCUAUCGGUACGAUCUACCCCGGGCGGAGGCGUUCUGGCUGGCUCGCCAAGCAGUGGCUCACGCUGCCCACCGAGACGCCUAUUCCGGCGGCAAUGUGGAUCUCUACCACGUCCGGCCCAACGGGUGGGUCUGCGUGUCGCGGGAAGAUCUGAGUCAGGUUUAUCGGGGCUUGGAGUUCCGCGAUGAAGAGGACGGAGACGGCGGAAAGGAUGCCCACGAAGAGACCAACUAG